AUGGACUCACCACCGCUCGCUUCACUGUCGCUCACGCACGUACGAUACAACCCGGCAGACCCGCUGUCAUGGAUCUCGGCGCACCUUGCCCUCGCACCUCAGGCCCUGGUCAUUUCCUACGUCUCACUCAUCUACGCGACGAGAGAAGUGGAAAUAUUGCUCAUGUUUGCCGGCCAGAUGGGCUGUGAGGCGUUGAAUUGGCUGUUGAAGAGAUAUAUCAAGGAGGAGAGACCGACGCGUGGGUGACCGGCCAUUACUCGCCUGAGAAAGCCAUCGUGAGGUGCUAAUGAAAGCGCGUAGAGAUGCUUGGCAAAGGCUACGGAAUGCCCUCUUCACACGCUCAAUACGUCGGCUUCUUCUCUGUCUACUUGACCCUCUUCCUCCUCUUUCGUCAUGACCCGCACAACCACCCGAACGCCUCCAAAUCGCACGUGCCUACGCCUCUCUGGCAGCGUCUGGGCCUGGCCCUCCUGUCGAUAGCCUGUGCGGCCGCAGUCGCUCAGAGUAGGAUCUAUUUGAAUUAUCACACGCCACGACAAGUCUAUAUAGGUGUCACGGCUGGCGUAGUCUGCGCAAUUGGAUGGUUCAUCGUCACGAGCUUCGCGAGGAGAUACGAAGUGGUGGACACGCUGCUGGAGACGCCGCCGUUGAAAUGGCUGAGGUUUCGGGACCUGGUGGUCAAUGAGACUUUAGAGGACGCUGGAUGGGUAAGGUGGGAGAUGGCAAAGCAGAGGCGAACCAAUCUAAUAAACCAAAAACGCAAAUAA